UAUCUGCCUUCUCCAUGAAAUCUUCCUUAAUUAACUCUGCCAUGCUGAACCCAGGGAGCUUUGCUUUCUGUGCCACUCACUGGACAUUGGACGCCCCUGUGGCAGGUCAUAGUACUCCUGUCAGCUAAGAAUAUGGCCCAUGGCUCUCCACUCUAACUGAAGGCAUUCCUCAAAGAACCGUACUGCUGUUUUGUUUCUCUGUUAUCUCUUAUAGACUUUGAUCUGCUUAGUUCAGUAGAUUCUGUUUAAUAAGUGUUUUUGAAUGAAUGACUCAUUCUAAUAUUAGUGGCCCUGUGGAGUGUCUAAAACAUGUGCCAAGGUGCCAAGGUGGUAGACAGUGACAGUGUGAGCUGUGCGUUGGGGGAGGGAGGCGCACAUGCCCAGUCUGCAUUUUGGAGGAUGGCCCCAGGUGGACAGAGUGAUUUUGCAUGCAUCUGCAAAUCAUCUUGUCCUUUCCCUCCUCUGGCUUUGUGGCCUGUCACAGUGGCAGGCAUAGGACAUCUUGCCCCAGAAGCCAUUUGAAUCUCUCCUUUUUGUUUGCUCUCUAAAGCAGUUCUUGUCUGACUAGGAACUUCAGCCUAAAGGCCACAUGCAUUGCUUAGGUGCUUAUGCAAGUGAAUCUCUGUGGCCAGCAUACAUUUUAUUUAUAUCUAGUCUGUCUCGCCAUUCUUUUUAGAGGGAAAAAAAAAAAGAUAAAGUCAGGAAUAGUGGAAUGUGGGAAGCUGAGGCAGUGGAACUUGAACCUGAGUUUAGGACCAGCCUGGGCAAUGUAGGAUAUCCCAUGUCUUAGAAUAAAGGGAGAACAAUAAAAUGGAGAAAGUCUCACUGUGCAGCCCUGGAUGCCUGCAGUUCUCAGUGUAGACCAGGAUGGCCUCAAACUCAGAGAUCCACCUGUCUCUGCCUCCUGAGUGUUGGGAUUAAAGGCACGCACCACUAUACUCUGCUAAUAUUAAUUUUUUAAAAAUUUCUGGUUACCAUGUUUGCUGAACCUUGAGAAAUUCGAGUUGGUGUCUAGUGUAUGGAUAAUGCCUCAAAUACAAUGUAGAGAAGACAUUUGAACCAAAAAUGUAUGUUUGACUUAAAAUUGUUUUAGAAAUGCUUAUCAUACACAGAUGUGUGUGUGUAUAUAUAUAUAUAUAUAUAUAUAUAUAUAUAUAUAUAUAUAUGGUUUUUAAAGUAUACACUUUUUGGUAGAGCGCUUGCCUAGGAAGCACAAGGCCCUGGGUUCGGUCCCCAGCUCCAAAAAAAAGAACCAAAAAAAAAAAAAGUAUACACUUUUGGUGAGAAUGAGACCAAUAUGUAACUUUCUAGUCAAACCCACAUACAGAAUUUCUUAACUCUUUAGUUCUGGUAAUAUAGGUCAGAAGUAAGAGUGAUUUGCUGACAAACAUGAGGCCCAGGGUUUAAUCUCUAGUACAGUCAAAAAGUAAGGGUUUGUAAUCAUUUAGAAAGAGUUAUUAAUUAGAGAGAGUAGCACCAAUAUGCUACUGCUUGGUGUUAAAAUACGACAUUAUUACAAGCAUUUUACUAUACAUAUACGCAAAACAGGAAUACACCAUUGUGUUUGUGUGGGGAUAGGAGAACAACUUGGAAGAUUCAGUUCUCUCUUUGAAUCUUGUGGGUCAUGGGAUGGAACUCAAGUCAGGCUUGGCAGCAAGUGCUGUUACCAGCUAAGCCAUCUCAAAAGUCACACAGAUUUUGUUUGACAGAUGUUUGAGGCAGGGUUUCCAUCUGUCCUGACCUAGUCUCAAACUCAGUACUGGUACCUGGGUUAAAAGCACCUGUACCUCUGAACCCACCCCCACCCCGCCUUUCCCUCUGCAUGUGCUGGCAUUAUAGGUGUGUGCAUGGGAAGCACCGCCAUAUCCAGGGCUUUAUGCUUGCUAGGCUAGCACUUUACCAACUGAGCCACAGCCCUGGCCCAACAUCGUUACUAUUUUAAUGCUGCAGGAUUCUAUAAGAUCAGUAAGAUGAUCUCAAUAGUACAUCAUUAGGAAGAACUGUGUAGAGAAAUAACAGAGUUCUUUCCUCAU